UUUGAGAGAAAAAGGAAAACAUUCGGAAGUAACAGAAGAUGUAAAUGUACCAAACGUAUUAAUCAUUUAUGAAUAUACUACGAUACAUAAUUUCCGUUUUUGAGCUUCACCAUACACACGAGUUUUAAAAAAUGUUCGAAACGUGUUCCGUUACUACCGAAUUUUUCUCUAUCUCUCUUGAUCUCUUGAUUCUUUUGCAGUCAUACAAACAAGACGACAACGUACGAAAAUCCGUCUGUAAAAAGUCACGAACCACUCACAUGUCCGGAACCGCGAAUCAUUACCUUAGAAAGGUCUCCGCAAAUGGGGUUCGGGUUUGUUGCGGGCUCUGAAAAGCCGGUGGUUGUUAGGUUCGUUACAGACGGCGGACCCAGCGUUAACAAGCUUCUUCCAGGAGACCAGAUCCUCGCAGUAAACGGGGAAGACGUGAAGGCAGCUCCCAGGGAACACGUUAUUUCGUUGGUGAGAGCUUGUUCGUCAACCGUAACUUUGAAAGUAUGUCAACCUGCCGAACAGACUGGUAUCAGAAAGUCCACUUUGCUUUCCGCGAGCAAACGUGCAAGACUUAAAAGCAAACCGCCUAGGGUCAGGUUUGCCGAAAGUGUUUGCGUCAACGGCGCGCCCUUGUUUCCACCGUCUGCGUUUUCUCUAAGCGACGUUUGUGUUCCUCCGAUGGCCAACGUGCUCAAGGUUUUCCUCGAGAAUGGCCAGACCAAAUCGUUCAAGUACGACGCGUGGACAACGGUCAAAGAUGUGGUCACGUCUCUCCAAAACAAACUUUGCAUACAAGCCACCGAACACUUCAGUCUGGUCGUUGAACACAUCAAAUCGCUCAGGCGGAACAAACUGACUCUUCUAGAUCCCAACGACACGUUAGCCAGGGUUUGUAUCGCCGCUAAACCGGGUGCACACAAACUGCGAUGCUUGUUUCGGAUAGCGUUCGUGCCUUCGUCUCCAGCCACGCUUGCGCAAAAAGACUUAGCCGGUCUGGACUAUCUCUACGCCCAAUGUUGCAACGACGUGACCCAGGAGAGGUUCGCCCCCGAGCUGCAGUACGACACGGCUCUGCAACUGGCCGCACUCCAUAUCUACCAACAUUCCAUAGCUCAUAAUGUGCCUCUUUCAAAACUCACGAUAAAGAAUGUGGAUCAUUUCUUGUCUAGAAAAGAAUUUGGUUUAGAACGGUUCGUACCGGCGUCCCUUUUGGAAAACAUGAAACGCAAAGAGGUUCACAAGUUUCUAGCUCAUUUCCUCAAAUUGCACUCGAAUAUGGCCGGUUCCGGUAAACCCUUGACCGCUCUUCAGGCUAAACUUCACUAUUUGGACUUGGUCAGCCAACUGCCGAGCUAUGGAGCCAAGUGUUUCUCCGCCGGGCCGAGAGGUGACUCGCUGGAAAGAGUGAUAUUGGUCAGUCCGAAAUUCGGGCUCAGUCAGAUAAUCGGAGCCAGAAGCACCGUACCAGUUCCUAUAGCAAAUAUAGAAGACAUAAAGCGCAUCCAGGUCAAGACUGACGACGAACUCACUCGGACUGUUCUGGUACAACUCGAGAACGACAAGGUGGUUACCAUAGCACUAGAGGAGCGUGACGCUUCUGAACUGGUACUAGUUCUAAGAGGUUAUUAUCACAUCAUGGCCGGAAAAGUUCUUCCUGUCGAACAAGAAGAAGUUCCGCGAAUGGAAGACCUCGCACCUCCGUAUCUGUCCCAGCAUCGCGUGAUCCCAGAGAAAUGGAGCUACAUAACUCAGAAUCAAAUAAAGGCGAUGUGCUUCGCUAUGCACCCCAUCUACAAGAACAUCAACCACAAGACGAACGGUCUGUAUAAUACAGUCGGUCGUCAGAGCAAACCGCCCUUCAUGACCGGCUUGAGUCUCGACAGCAACAUGAACAACACCCUGGCGAGCAACAGGAACCACGAAAGACUCAAGAACCACUUCGUCAGAGACAAGUCGAACUCGUACGAUUUGCAGAGCGUCACGUCGCUGGAAGUAUUGGAAGGCGGCGUCGUCGAGGCCAAAAACGAAGAGGUACUGCGAAGAGUAAGGGAAAUGCAUCAGCUGGUCGAAAAUUCGGAAAAAUACCUGAACGAGCAAGAACAAUACAAUCAACUGAAUUCGGAAUCGGAAUGGCAAGAAACGAGCGUGGAUUUCGACAGUGAUCUCGACGGUCACGAUGACGCUCCCGGAACCUUGAAACACAGCGACUCGCUCCUACUGCUGAUACAGGGACGAAAACAGGCGGUCAACAAACAAUGCAUGAACGCUGCCAUAGAGUUACUCCGAUCUGAAUUGAACCAGUCGGAAAGCGAUAACGAUUCCAUCGGAACGCCCAACAACUCACCAGUGCACAAGAUGAGCAAGCUCGGAGGAGGAGAGAAACAGAACAGGCAACAGGAGAGGUUCAGUUUCGGUCUGCGUAGUCCCGAGGACGUCAAAACCACCAAAGACGAAGACCUGAAAGCGUACCUCCAAAAGCUCAAGAACUCUAACGCCGAUUCCAUGGAUUCCGACACCGAAAACCUGGCAAGUUUGUACGAUUUCGAUCCGGAUAUCACCGAUCUGACCCUCAUACCACCACCAGCAACUCCAGACGAACUGGACAGUGCCUUAAUGAUCGUGAACCAGCCGCCGACCUCGUUUGCCGACUCGUUGGAAAACAUCAACAGGAUCGACGACAAAACGUUCGAUCUCGAAGCGUUCCUGGCCAACGUCACGGUACCACCGCCCACCCAAAAGCUCACCCCCGCCGUCGAACUCACCCCCGAAGAGAUCAUGUCCUUUAUCAUACCACCUCCACCGAGCCUUAAAGCCAGUUUCGAAAACCUGACAAUAAACAACAGCAGAGAUUACCAAAGUCUACCUCCGAAUUUCGAACAGCAACAGUCGCUCCCUCAGCAGAGAAAAGAGAACGGAGACCACUGCCCUAGACAAAACGUCAUAGAAUACGCCACGGUAGAUAGAAAAGGACCUUUCUCCUGCUGCAGUCGGGCCAAAACCAGCAAAACCAACGAACUGUCAGAAGAAGAACAAGCCAAAGAAACGUCUCAACCGCCUCCUCCUCCCAGAAGAGGAUCGGAAGAAAAGCCUCCCGAUAGACCACCCAAACCGACAACUCCCGAAAGGCAACGUUCGCAUUCUCUGUCGUCUGCAUCUUUCAAACUCCAAAACGAACCAGCUCCGACGCUACCUCCGAGAACCGAGAAUUCUCAAGCACCUCCUCAUUUGUUUCUACCGCCCAAGAAACCCCCCUUGCCUCCGAUACCACCGCUGGAAGUAUUAAGAAGCAGGAUACUGGCAAGCGCGGAAUCCAAAAACAAUUCGGAACGACGAACAGCUUGCAUCGGCUCCCCGCAUCUUCAGAGGAACAAGCACUGCUACAGCGAUCUGGAAAUCAGUUUGGGAUUGAAAGAGGAAAGGGCAGCCGUUAGUACUCCGACGUCUCCCUUUUUGGGCAGGGGAUCGCAACUCACCAUCGUUCCCAUCAGCUCACCGGAGAGUCCGAAAAUAUUGCAAAGUAACGGGUUACAUUCGCCGAAAAUCGGGAACGGAAACGUCUGCAUGAAAGAACGGGAACGGGACAGAGGGGAAACAAUUGUACAAAACGGUUGUACGUCGACCAACGGGAGUCUUCUAAACAAGACAGACGUGGCAAUGACGAGCCUUCUAGACAGGAUCAACCAAAUCGCCAACCAAUGUAACGCUGCCCAGGUCCAUGGAGGAGGGAAGAUGAUGUGCGAAGAUAAAUUUCAGGUAAGUGCACUAACUUUUCAGACUUCCUAGCCAGUGACGGCUGACGCAUAGAGUGAUAAAGAUACAGCCCCUUUUUCACUUUAUUUUUCUGCUUUACUCGUUGCUUCUUUGGUCAGUUUUCUCCCUGUGCCCACGAGCCGUCACUGUCAUUAUUUUCCUUUCCAGGUUAAGGGUUUUCCUUUCCUUGGAUUCCCCC